AUGGUUGCUACAUUUUCGCCGCACCGCGAUGCUGGCGGCACCCUCCAUCUGGCCUCCCAUCCAGGCCUUCACCAUGUCGACGCCAGCUCGGCCAUCAGGCAGCUGCGCCGCUCUUUGUCCCGCUCCCCGUCCAAAAGCUCCAACUUCACCUUGAUCGCCGCCCGCACAACCCAUUCGCCCUCCAGAUCUACCUCUGCCGCCGCGGGAGCCGCGUCGCCUUACAUCUCCUCGCCGCUCUCUCCCUCUCGCAGAGCCUCCCAGAGCAACUUUGUUCUCUUUCCUUCCACCACCACUACUACUGCUGCUACUUCGUCAUCAUCAUCAGCUCCCCAACAGCAAUCACCCCUGUUUCUACCAUAUCCUUCCACCACGAAGAUCACUCGUCCGGUCAUGCGCCGGGCACGCACCUCGCCGCGCAGCCCCGUCAAACGUGUCCUCAACAUCUCCACCGACCAGGGGAACGCAGCCCCGAUGGGAGCCCCCAUUGCGCCCGCUACCACGGACGACGAGAAUCGCCCCAUCACCCCCAUGCUGCGCCUGAAUUAUCCCAUCGACGAUCCUCUUACGCCCGGUUUGGACACGACUAGCUGCCUGUCAACAACAACAACCACCACCACUCCACCCGUGGCGGACGCCGCCCUCGGUCCCCGGACGUCCCAAGCGCGGAUCGAGAAGCGCCGGAGCGGGCCCCUGGGCCCCUUCAACUCCAUCAGUCCACUGAAACGCAGCGACGGCAUCAUGAAUCUGGACCAGGCCUCGCGCGGAAGCCCCUCGGCCAAACGUCGCAGUGUCCACGCCGCCGCAGGCUCCGUUGCCCACACCACUGCCGUCCCCAGCGACUUCAAUAUCUUUGACACAGAGAUUUCCUCCUCCUCCUCCUCCUCCUCCUCCUCCUCCCCCUCCUCCCCCCCUACCAUCAUGGAAGAGUCGACAACCCCACCACCGAUAUUGCAGCCGGCAACUAUCACUACCUCCCCCUUCACCACCACCCCAGAAUCCCCGCUGGAUUUGUUGGGCGAACCAGUUGCACCCGUGGCUGUAGCGCCUAGUCCCCUCUUCAAUUCCUCCUUCCCCAGUAUCCCCAAACGCUCCUCGUCUCUGCGUCGCUCUACCCUGCAACAACGCCAGAGCGAUCGCCCACUCUUUGCCCGCUCUUUGCGCGGAGGAAACGAGCUAUUCCCUUCAGAAGCUCUGGGUGCCACUAAUACGACUACUACCAUGGGUACUCCACUACAUGUGAGACCGCGCAUGUCCCUCGACCACGGCCUUUUCCAGUCGAAUCAUCAUGACAACAACAAUAACCUCUUCUCUACCCCUCGAGCGGCCCCAGCGAGCCCUCUGUUUGCAUCUUCUGCGCACACGGGUAACCUGGGGAUGAUGCCCACCACCACCACCACUGCGGCGCCAUCGGCACACCCUCUCUCCCGAACCAUCACCCAAUCCUCCUCGAGUUCUAGCCUGGCGGAUGAAUCGCCGACUCACGAGCCGUCGCACCAGCCCGAACGCCCGCGACAGGUCUUCAACUUCUCCAAGUCCCUGCCCGCGGGGGCCACCCGGCCGACCCUAUCGCGUCAACUGACCCGCCAGGACUCGGCCUCGUCCACCGACUCCUUCGCCACGCCCGAGAACUACAAGCUUGUCAAGCCUCUGCCCGCCGCGUUCAUGUCGACCGGUCUGAUCUCCAAGAAGAACCGCAACGCCGAGGACCCGCACGCCGGCUUCAGCAAGAACAUGCCCGAUACCCCGUGUAAACGGCCGCUCAACGUCUUCCCCCCGGGCCAGCAGGCGCUGCCCGAGCGGCCGUUGAGCCGGCCCAAGCUGCUGCGCCAAUCCUACGCCGUCCCGGCCUCGCCCUUCAAUCCGCCCGCCACCCGCCCCAAACCGGGUCCCUUUGCCCGCGGCAUGGGCAUCUUUGGCAGCAACCCCCUGACCAAACAGUCCGACUCCUCGCGCCGCAACAGCUUCGUCAGCAUCGACGGGGACGACCGCGGCCUGUCGCAGUCCCCCUCGGCCGGGCGCGAUGGCCGACCCGCACCCUUCACCGACGCCGACCUGCCCCCGACCCCCACCAAACAGUCCUUCUUCCCCUCCCGCACCUACCCGCCAGCCUCCUCGCAAAUCGCCUCGCUGGAACGACUGUCCGAGGCAAAAGGCACAAGCCCGCGCCACACCGACAAGUUCCAGUCCGAGUCGCCGCGCACCCCGCACGAUCACCUGCUGCCCCCCGACCCCAGCGGCCUCUCCAUCUCGAACCACGACCACCAGUCGUCCUCCAUCCAGCUGGACUUCAACGCCGCGAACCUGCCCGCCACCCCCACCGGCCCGCGAGACUCCUUCCCCCAGCCGGGUAAACGACCCAGCCUCCCCCUGGCGGCAUACCAUGCGCCAGACGUCGACUCCAGCCUGUGGUCUCGAUUCGACAAGGUCGAGUUGGUGGGCACGGGAGAGUUCUCGCAGGUCUACCGUGUCGCCGAGCCGCACAACCUCUCCUUUUCCUCCUCCCUCUUUUCCCUCCCCGACCGCGUCUGGGCCGUCAAGAAGGCCAAACACCCGUAUUCGGGACUCAAGGAUCGCGAGCGACGCAUCCGCGAAGUCGAUAUCCUCAAGUCGCUCACCAAUUCCGAUCACAUCAUUUCCUUUGUCAACAGCUGGGAGGAGAAUUCCCAUCUCUACAUCCAGACCGAGUUCUGCGAGGAGGGCAGUCUGGACGUCUUUCUCGCUCAGGUGGGUCUCAAGGCGAGACUGGAUGACUUUCGAAUCUGGAAGAUCCUCCUGGAGGUGUGUGUGGGCCUCAAGCACAUUCAUGACUCCGGGAUCAUCCAUCUCGACUUGAAACCGGCCAAUAUCCUGAUCACUUUCGAGGGCGUGCUCAAGAUUGCCGAUUUCGGCAUGGCGACGCGCUGGCCGGCCGAGGAUGGCAUUGACGGCGAAGGAGACCGGGAAUAUAUUGGCCCCGAGAUCCUGAUGGGUCGCUACGACAAGCCCGCAGAUAUCUUCUCCCUCGGGCUGAUCAUCUUCGAGAUCGCCGGCAACGUGGAGCUCCCCGAUAACGGCCUGUCCUGGCAGAAGCUGCGCAACGGUGACAUGAGCGAUGUGCCCAGCCUGACCUGGAGCUCGGAGACGAGCAUCUACCGCGACGCCUCGGGCAAUCCGGUCUCGGAAGAGUCCUCGUUUGACGAGCUGUGUGUCUCGGACUUUGGCGACGAUGACUUUGGCGUUGACAGCUUCCUCCACCACGGCCGAUCCCGCGAGCGACAGGCAGUACGGCUGGCACGCAGCGGGGAGUUGAUCGACCCGCCCAACUUCAUGGUGGACGCCAACCACGCGCAGGCCCUGGACAAGAUCGUCCGCUGGAUGAUCUCCCCCGAGCCCGCGGACCGGCCGACAGCCGACCAGAUCCUCGACACCUCGUCCGUCCAGUUUGUCGAGCGCCGCCGACGGGCAGGCGCCACGAUCUUCGAAGGCAACUGGGGACCUGCCGACGAGAUCCUGGCGGAAGAUGCCGAAAUGAUCGAUGUGUAA